AUGGCGGGUUACCCCCACGGUUCCGGCUACCCGCCCUACGGGGCGCCGCCGGCCAACCCCUACGGCGCGCCACCGGCGAAUCCCUACGCGUCCGUUCCGGCGCCGUACGGGGCGGCGCCGCCGCCGUCCGCGCCAUACGCUCCUGGCGGCGCCGCACCGGGGCCGGUGAAGCCGGGGAAGGAUCACGGCCAUCAAGGCGGCUUCCACGGAGGCCCGCCGGUGGCGCAGCCGUACGCGGCGGCAGGGGGCUACCCGCCGGUGGGGCCAAUGCCGGCGUUCACCCCGUUCGCAGCGCUGGUGCCGUCGCAGUUUCCCCCGGGGACGGAUCCGAGCUUGGUGGCGUGCUUCCAGGCAGCGGACCAGGACGGGAGCGGGCUGAUCGACGACAAGGAGUUGCAGAGGGCGCUGUCGUCGUACAACCAGAGCUUCAGCAUCCGCACUGUUCACCUUCUCAUGUACCUCUUCACCGGCACCAACGUCCACAAGAUCGGUGAGUCUUAGCGACCUACUUACCUGACCCCGGCCACCGCGGUCCUCGUCUCCUCCCAGAAUUAGGGUUUCCUGUGGACGCCAUCUCGGGAUUCUGUCCUCUAUUAGGGUUUCUCCCUCCUCUGAUGUGAGGUUUUUCAAAUCCUCUGCAGGUCCCAAGGAGUUCACCUCCGUCUUCUACAGCCUUCAGAACUGGAGGGUACUGCUAUUCCUCUCUUCUUCCCCCCUGAUUAUUUUUAGUUCUUCUCGUACUCUUUGUUCUUCUCCCCUUCUGCUCAGCCAUUAUUCGCUGAACAUCCAAAAAUUCCUUCGUUCCUCAGGCCAUCUUCGAGCGAUUCGACCGUGAUCGGAGCGGCAGGAUCGACGCCAACGAGCUGAGGGACGCCCUGCUCAGCCUCGGCUUCUCGGUCUCCCCGAUCGUCCUCGACCUGCUCGUCUCCAAGUUCGACAAGACCGGCGGCAAGAACAGGGCCAUCGAGUACGAUAACUUCAUCGAGUAAGCACCUCCUCCUUUUACGUCCUCUCUCUCUCUCUCUCCGAACCUUGGGCGUUUCAUCUGACUGUUUCUUCCUCUCCUCCCUGCCAUGGGCGACCUCUAUGGACUCUCUCCUUGCAGAUGCUGCCUCUCCGUCAAGGUAACCAUCAUCUCCAUCUCCCAUCCCCAUUUACAGGAUUUCUAACGCUCCUCUCUCUCUCUCUCUCUCUCUCAACCUGACCCUGAGCUCGAAUCUGAAACCUGUCGCAGGGGCUGACGGAGAAGUUCAAGGAGAGGGACACCAGCUACUCCGGGAUGGCCAACUUCUCCUACGAGAACUUCAUGCUUACGGUCCUGCCCUUCCUCAUAGCCUAG